UGUGUUUAUGCAUUCUCAGACUCUCCCUGGAUCACUACAGGACUCAUUCUGUUUGUGCAGUUUUCCCUCCAAAGACCAGGCUUCAUCACAGGACUGUUAAACUGCUUCUAGAUUCUUACUUCAGAGAGGAUAAGGGGUAAGGUAAUGUACUAAGGUCAACAGUGACACAACAACACCACGGCAGCAGGAUAUAUUAAGCUAUGGAGCGUCUGAAGUUAGUCCUGCAGUACUUCCAGUCCAACUCUGAGUCCAUCUCCAAUGUUAUCUGUGUCAUCCUGGCCCUGGUCAGUGUCAAGCUGUACACCAGCUUUGACUUUAACUGCCCGUGCCUGCCUCAGUACAACAAACUGUACUCUCUGGGAGUGAUGAUCGUCCCGCCCAUCAUACUCUUCUUCCUGGGGGUCCUGGUCAACAGACAUACAGGCAUCAUGAUGGACGAGUGGAUGAGACCCGUUGGACACAGAACCAAAAACCCUGCUGCCGUUAAGUACCUGUUCUCAGCCAUGCUCCAGAGGGCCCUGCUGGCUCCGAUGGUGUGGAUCCUGGUCACUUUACUAGAUGGGAAAAUCUUCAUCUGUGCCUUCAGUUUGACUGUCGACCCUACACUUUUUUCAGGGUUGCCCAACAACACAGGUCUGGAUGUGAUCAAAAUCAUGGCCAAAGUCCCCUGCAAGGAGGAUGUUAUCUUCAGGAACAGCUCUUUUCCAAAAGCAGUCUCACGUUAUGUUCGCUGCUAUUCACAAGCAAUAGGCUGGUCCACCCUCCUCUUCCUCAUUGUACUAGGAGCAGUUGGUCGCCUCGUCAAGCCCUGCAUUGAUGACCACGGGACCUUUCUGCAAACACGCUACUGGAGCAACUACCUGGACGUGGAGCAGAAGCUCUUUGACGAAACCUGCGUCCUGCACGCUCGAGACUUUGCCCGUAAAUGUGUAGUGCAAUUCUUUGAGGACAUGAGGGAGGACGCUGUGAUUCGCCUUCCCUACCCAGCCUUAAUUACAAACACCAAAGACGAGUGGGAGGAUGAAGAGGAGGAGAGACUUCAUGGGAUUUCGAAGCAGGAGCAGAUGGACCGGCUGCUCAACAAGUGGUACUACAGUAAACCUGAACUGGACGUCACUAGGAUAGCACACAGACCCCGGACGUGUGUCACUUGGGAGGACCGUGAUGGGAAGCCUUUAUUUUCUGAUGUCUGAACACAAUCAGUGGUGUUUAUCUGCUGGAUGAAUCAUGACAUGGAGAUCAUUUCACAAAAAUUAAUCUACUACAGCAUGUUAGAUUUCCUUUUCCUCAGAGGUAGCAGUAAGGUCAUAAAACCAAUUUUCACUUCCCAAUCAGUGAAAGCUUUCAGCUGCAUCUCAGGGUGUUCGUCAAGCAAAUGGAGAUGCCAAAGGUUUUAUCACAGGACCCUAUCAUGAGCUUUUGGUACAACAUCUGUUUGGGAAGAGGCGGUAACCCCCGUCACUGUUCUUUGGGUGUCCUUCAUGUAGCUGUUCACAGACUUUUGAACUCUUCCUGUUUGAUGCUGCAAGAGGUGUUUAGGGUUAGCUUUUUCCAGUGUUCAUUCGGUCUGUUUCUACUUUACUCAAGUAGUGUUCAAUCAACUUUUAUGCAACUCAAAGUUGAUAUUGGGGAGAUGUACCGGUCCCAGAUGAGGUUAUGUACAGCACAAGUGGCAAACUAAGGUGAUGGAAAAUGCUGCAGUUCCUUUAAGUGUCCACUUUAGGAUGGCCAUGUCUUAGCCAGGAGGCUCAAGGCCCGCCUCAACUCCACCUGCUUGUCUGUUAGUUUGAUCAAAGGCUGUGUCUGAAACUACGUCACAUGGAGUAUGUGGUACGAUCCAAAAUCAAAGCAUGCAGUUUUGUGUAUGCGAUGAAUGUCUACUCGACGGGCCAGAAGUUUUAAGUAUGAAAUGGGAGCACAGUGGUCAUACUAAACCACCCCACAAUGCAUUGCGGCUCUCAGACUUUCCAAUAGCAGAGUAAUCGUGUUGCAAUAUGUUUUACAUGUUGAUACCAAGCUGUUUUUAGUAAUAAAUGGAUGCAAAUUGCUGAAUUAUUUUACGGACUGACCGUAACGAUAGCUUGAUGCUAGAUUAUCCAUCGUAGCUCGAAUCGGAAAUACGCCAUGUGACCCUUGGUUAAGUAUGAUGCCAAUAGCAUACUAGAGGAUUAGUAUGCAGUAUAAACUGAGUGUGUAGUAGGCAGUAUGUUAGUAUGGUGUUUGGACACAGCCAAAUUUAGAAGAAGAUAGUAUUUCCAAUAUGGCGACCUGCCAUGGGUAAGAAUCGAAACGUCUCUUCAGAAACCAUCUGAACCGCCUCAAUUCAAAGGGAAACAUUCUUCAAAGGACCCAGCCUUCGUGGGCUGCAAAGGCUAAUCGUCAGAACAUGAAUGAGUUUAUCAGACUUAAAUUGAGAGGUGUGUAAUAAACCAAAACACAUGGAUUCUGAGGGGUUCCUUGUAGCUUGAUGCCCCUCUCUUUAAGUGUGAAGAUAGGAAACUGGCUGGUUGUAACUGAAUGCCAUGUUUUAAAAACUUGAUAAAAACAUCUCAAUCUAAUACUCACAAUAAAUUCAAAUCUAUAAGGACUUUAAAGAUUCAAUCUGUAUGACUUUUAACUUAGAGUGCCCCCCAGCUACAUCAUAUAGGACUGGAAAUAAGUUAGAGGUAACCUAACAGGAGAGGGAACACAGGUACAGUAAGUUCUGGCCGUGACUACAACAGCAAUAAUUGAUGCUUAGAACACUACAUACUCUAACAAAGUAUGUAGUCUAUUGUUCAGUCACAUAUUCAUGGAUAUGUUUUUGUUUCAAUACAUACAUAUUGUGCUCAUAUACUUUUGUAUCUAAUACAUUUGAUUUUUUAAUUGUGAUGUCUGGACUAUUGGAAUAAAGUUUUUCUUUG